CCUUUCAACUUAAACCUCUGCAGACACCUGAACUGAGAGACAGUGAGGCAGAGAACCCGAGUGUCUGCACUGGAGAAUGCAAGGGACGAGAACCACUUCUAUUAAACAGUUAGACACCUAGAAGGCAACAGGUAGAGGGCUCGUGCAUUGAACACGCACUCUGUGCCAUGAUAUCUGUCCUUACAACUACAUAUCAACUGGCAUUGGAGUAAAACACCACUGAAAUAUAUCUACUAUUUAUAAAAAAAAUGGGAGUUAAACUCGGGGAUAACAAGGCGGAGAGAUCUUUGGCUGACUGUCGAAAAGGAUUCUUCAAUAACAUUAAGGUACGAGCAUGCUUUAUUAUGUAACUCUUUACGUGACAAAAUUCACUUUCAGCGUGGUUUGGUCUUCAGAGAAGAAAGCGCUGUUAAACCAAAAUGCCAACCUAAACAAAAACUAUACUAAAUAUUACUUGUAUCAGAGUAACUUUCUUUUUAACACCCCUAACAGAGGUGAAAUUUAAAUUCACGUAAAAACAGUGUCGUCCGCAGAUAAGUUUCGGAUUAUAAAAGUGUACGAACACUGCUGUACUGUGUGUGUCAUUGCAGUGUUGGGUACAGAACCUUGCACCUUAACAAUGUACAUUAUAAGCACAGAAUCUGAAAGAGCAAUGCAAUAGAGAUAUAAAUACCGUGUUCUAAAUAUUUAGGUUUAUACAUCCCAAUAGCAUAGGUAUUUUUCAGGAAACUAAGAAUCGCAGGGAAGUUUAAGCCAAAUGAGCCAUAUUUAAAAGAUUCUGAAAAACAGCAAUUUUUUAAAAUCUCGUUGUUAAAACAGUGUGUUUCCUACCUUAGUGAACACACUUCAGUUCCAGGAAACCAAUAGUUUCUUUUAACAGGAACCCAAACACGGCAUGUUAUGUGUAGAUAGAAUUAACUUGGAGACCCUUUCCUCAAUUAGACAAUCCGCUCAGUGACCAUUCUUAAUUUUUCAUAUAUUAACCAUAUAAUAACUUCUAACAAGGAAUAUGAGAUUGUGCCGCUUUAAAAAUGGUAAUAUUAAAAUAUUGACUUUUAAAAAACAGAUAUCAUUGUAACAAUGAUUUGGUUGCUGUUUAAGAAUCACUGUUUAUAAUAAUGCAUGUUAUUGCAGUGUAAUAUACAGUGCAGUAACUGCCUCCAAGAUGUUUAUAGUUACUCAACUAAACUUUGAAUUUGACCAAAUACAUCUGACUGACAGAACGGAGAUGUAAUUAGCUUAUUUGAAGAAAAAAAAAGUUACUUCAUCAUUCUAAGCCUUCCCUGACUGUUUAUACUCAUUGAUCUUUACAAACAAAGUGAAUGUAUAGUCAGUUCCUUAGAGGGACACUCUAGUCACCCAGACGUUUUCAUGUCAAUGAAGUGGUCUGGGUGCAGUGUUCCUAUCCUUUUAACCCUGCAAUGUAAAACAUUGCACAGUUUAGAAACUAUGUUUGCAUUGCAGCUUUAAUUCCACCUCUAGUGUCUAGUGUCAUACUGACAGCCACUAGAGGUGUUUCUGCUGCAAUGACACGUGACAUGGAAGCCUCCACAGAAAAUAAUUGAUUCAAUGCUUUCCUAUUGGGAAGCUAGAAUGCACUUGCAGUGCUUACCGCGCAAGUCCAUUAGGUCCUCAAUGGUCCUCUUGCGAAGAGCAUUGAAUUGUACCAUGUCAUAAGAGGCCAUUCCACCUCCAUUACCUUGUGGGAGGCAGAGAGGUCAGAAGCUCUGGAAAAAGGUAAAUAAAACUUUGUUGUUGUUUUAAUUGUUAGGGGGCACUUGACUUCAACUUGAGAUAUGCCGUACUAUAUUUCCAAGCCCUUUGUAAACCUGUCCCUAAACAAGGAAUGUGCAGGCCGUUCCAGUUUCUAAACUAACCUUACCUGCCCGAGGGAUACAUUGUUUUACAACACAGGUCACAAAAGUUUAUUAUUACAAUGCGGAAAAUGAUGCAUUGUAGCAGAGUACAAUUUAGUACAUUACACAUUGCAGUUUAUUUAAUCACUUUAAUCAUCCAGCAUCCAAGACAGAAAGGCCAUUUGUUUGUUAGUGACUGUCACUUACUAAGUCCUGAACACAUACUAGUACAAGCGUUGUAAUUGGGCUGAGUUCAACAUAACUGGUUCCACACCUCUGUAUUUACAAUUAGCCAGCCUUGUGACAUCAGAUCUAGUUAAUUACAGUUCAACACGCCUGCCAUUCUAUGUUUAUCUUUCUUAUCUUGUUGUACAUGGCAGGUGAAACUACAAUGACAUUAAUUGUUGAAGUGCUAUUUAAAAGUAUCAGCUUCAGUUGCAAGAAAUGGACUUUAUGUCUGAUGUCACUAACCGGAGUUAACCCUCGGAAUGUGUCACUUGUCAUUGCAAUCAUAAUAAGUACUGUGACACUGUCAUUUUUUAGCAAAAAAACAAACAGUGUGCCAAGUCAUAUUAUUAGCCAAUAAAAUGUUUCUUAAUUUGUAAAAUGUAAUGAAAUCUCUUCUGAGAGGCAUUUAUUUAACAUACCUUCCAACUGUCCCUAUUUUGGAGGGACAGUCCCUAUUUUGGGUCCAAGUUCCUCUGUCCCUCUUUUCUAGGAGCUCCAUACAGUUGCUGUAUAACACUCACAGAAAUGUGUCUUUGAACUUCAAUGUUAAGAAAUCAGUCUUUGUAAAUAAGACUCAUUGUUUUUAUUCUAAAUUACAUUUUAGUUGCAUGAAUUGUUUUUAGUAAAUCACCUCAUUUUAUCAGCACAACCCCACCCCAGACCACACUCACACCUUUAAAUUAAAAGUCUUCCUCUUUGUCCAUUUGAAAUAUUGGGAGAUAUGAUUGUGUUUCUAUUUAUUUAGCAAACUGCUACUCUUUUACAAACCUGACUAGUCUCCCUAGAUUGCACAGGAAAUUAAGAUUUAGAUUUUUAUUUUUGCUCCAUUGUUUAUAGUUUUUAUUUUAAAACAUAACAUAUAAAACAUAUGAAAACUAUAAUUUGGGAAGGGCAUUUCCCAUAAUGCUCAGCUAGCCUUUGAUAAUUCACAAACAUCCACAAGUAUUUCAGCUCUAAUUCACUAAAUUCCGAAUUGUAACAAACAUUUUGGCAAAAAAUAGCUGAUCUGGAAAAAUGAUCCAACUCAGGUUAAAUUACAGUUUGACUUAUUUAACCUGAAUUCUUCAACUCGAAUGUCGAUUUCCUACUAUUCUGAGUUUAAUAGUUAAACCAACCUGUUAAUAAUAUAAGCAGUAGAUCUUUAAAAAUAAAUGCAAAUAAACUUAAAAAAACACAAAAAUAAACCUCCUGCAGUGCUGUGGCAAAAUAAAAAAAUGUAAAAUAUACUGAGGAAUAUACAGGAAAAAACAAACGCUUAGAGAAUGAAUCCAGGACUGGCUGUUAAAACAAAGUGCAGAAAAUACAGAUUUUAUUUGAACUGCGAAAGGGACUAUUUAUUGUAGUUACAGUGCUAGCAGUUAUAAAGUCUCAACUCCUACAUUGAGUUUUGGCCGUGUCUAUGCAUUCAGUCAUUGUUAAAAAUAUUGUAGUGUGCAGGCUGCCAGCCACUGAGGCAAGGCUAUUCCAUUAACAAGUACUCUCUCAUUGCUGAGUAUAUUUCAGAUGUAAUUGUUUACUAUCCCACUUUCCAUUGAGAGCAAUUAUUUCCUGUGCUAGCAGGUUUAGUGGAUGGCACAUGAUGUACAGAACUUGCCAUUUAUGGAAUAUGCAACAUAUUGUUGUAUAAGCAAUACAUUCUGCUGCUCUCCCUUUAACAGACAAUCUGCAUUAGCGUGUUGGGUUGUUUUAGUUAAAAACUGACCCCGGUAAGUUUUUUUUUUGUUUUGUUUGUUUCUGGGUUUUUUAAAGGAUAUUUCGCCCAUAUAAUUACUUUAUUUCAAUGAUGUUGUUAUAGGGGCUGAAGUCUUACCUUAGAGAGUUAAAUCUUUUUAAAAGGAUUUACCUCCAGUAGUUGUUUGCCCAGAAGCCUAUACGUACCUAUACGUGCCAUAUAUUGAUAAUGCAUCUAAAUUUUGCAUUAAACACCUCUUAGGAACAUCUUUAAACAGGCACAUCUCAUUCGGACGUAUAGGUGCUGAUCGUCUUCCAUAAACUCCUGCCCACAGAGGUUUAUAGGAUAAGAUGUUUUUAUCCCCCGCCAUAUCACAUAGGGUGACUGGACACGGAUUGUAAACUGAUAGCAGUCAUACUGUGGCUAUCCUGUGUUUUACUAUGGGCAGAGAUCGACAGAGAUACAGACUGUGCAUGCAGUGAGGAGAGAGAACCUACCCUGCAUGUGCUGUGUGCCCCAACUGCAUGCACACUAUAAAGGCAAAGUGGAGGUAAGUGUUCUAGGUGCCUGAUUGCAUUACCUAAUUACAGGCCAGAUAUGAUAAGUGUGGGUGGUGCCAGCAAGAUCUCCACCUAAUAAAUUAUAUGUGAUAGUGUUCUGGUGCAUUAAACCCAACUUUCCCAAAACGUAUUAAAACACGUGCACUAUGCAGCGUUAAGUGGGCCAUAUCCUAGCAAGCAUUUGGUCAGAAGUAAGUAUACAGUGAGAUUUAAUUUGUACAUUUGCUAGGUUGGGCUACCACAGAACCAAUCAGUGGAAUGGUUUAAGGGAUCCUAUAAGUUCUAUUACCCUUACAAGAAGCUCCACUGUCCAUUGUCUAACAGUAUUCAGCCUGGAUUUUUUUUUUAUAGGUGAUGAACAGACAAGGGGCUUUAGCCAAAUGGAUCCUUUUAUAGCCCCUUCCAACUUAUAUUUGUUUGCUAUUUAAAACUCUGCCUCUUGUACAUUAAAUGAUUACAUAAUUACAUCAUUUGUAAUUUCAUAACUGAGACAAUCAGUGGAAGUGAUUAUUGGAAAAACUGUAAUCUAAAAUUGUAUUCAUAUGUCAGUACCACAAAGUACCACUGAGAGCUAACAAUGAGAAUGUGUUCUGGGUUCUAUUCAGAGGUCUACUUGAAGCUUCAACAUUGCCACCCCCACCCCCGCAAAAACACGCUAGAAUUUUGUUGAAACAUUUGCAUAAAUAUUUGUCGUCAUAAGCCCCCCCUCACCCCCACCCUGUUCAAGUAACAUCACCACAUUAUUUGAAAUCACAACUUCUAUAAUCUAGCACAGUAGUUUCAUUCAUUUCUUUUUAUGAAUAAAACUACCUCCAUACCAUAUAUGUAGAGCAUGCCCUUGCAAGCCGUAGUUUUAGAAGAGAAGUCCAGCACGCCCCUUAAAAAAAUUACCAGAUAGGCAGUUGCACUUUAGCUCACUGUAAACCUUGUUAAUGCCAAAAUAUAUGUAGUUAUUUAAUUGUUUUCUUUUUUAAUCGUAUUAGUACAUUUUCGCAUGAAUAUAUGCUGAAAUGGCUUAAAAUCAAGAUUUAACUUUAUCCAGUUUUGUCCCUGUAAGAAAGAAUUAGCUACAAACAUGUUAGGGAAAAAAAAAACACAUUUUGGUAAAUUUACAUUUUUCAGUGGAGACACGAAAUAACUAAAGAAAAAUAUGCAGGGGAAAAUAUAGAUUGGUCGGUAAUCAAGAACAAAACUAUGCUGAAGAGAGGUCGGCUGAGGACACUAUUAGCUAGGGCGAUGCUCUUUAAUAAACUACAGUAAAUAUUAAGUCUGGAAAAUUAAACAUUAAAAAUGGGGGGGUUUGCUUCCUAACUCAGAAAUUGUAAAAUAACAUAAAAACUGAAAAUUGUUGGCCAAAAUAGCUAACUUUGGCCCCAGGAGCCAAAAGAGAACUGAUCAUGAAAGGGGGACUGAAGGUGAUUAUAUAUGAAUGGGAUGACCAUUCAUAAUCUCAUUUCAAGUAUUUUGUGGAACUUUGUGUAAGCGAUAUAGUGACCAUGUAAAAAAACAAGGUGGAGGAUGAGUGAUGACAAGUGAUUGAAGAAUACAGAAAGAAUACUUCUGAUACAUGUACAAAAAAUAUUCUUCUUAAAGGCAUACAAAAGACACCAAAACAAUGCUAGUUUAAUGAAACAGUUUUGGUGUAUAGAUCAUGCUCUGCAGUCUCACUGCUCAAUUCUCUGCCAUUUAGGAGUUAAACUACUUUUUAUGCAGCCCUAGCCACACCUCCCUGCAUAUGACCUACAUGGCUUCCAUAAACACUUCCUGUAACGCGAGAUUCAAUUUUGAAACCUCCUUUAUUGCACAUUCUGUUUGGGAAUUUGAAUUUUAAGAGGGUUUCAUCAUCUGUUUAAAUGAGUAAUACAUUUUUUGUUUUAAUGAGUAAUACAUUUAUAUACCUUCCAACACCCUAAUUCCUUAACAUAUUAGUAUAGAUUACAUACCCAUUACUGUUGUAUUACUGAGGAGUUAUAUAAUACCCUAGAAAAGAUUUUGGGCUGCAAAACACUGUGGUCAGUAACUGAAAAGGGACAUUUGGGAGAAUAAAUGUACAUUAUAUUACUGUGUAUUUGCACAUAAUUAAAACUCUGUGAAUGCAGGGUUGCAUUUAUUUUAGAGAACAAAGUAAUGAAAGUUUCUCUAAAACCAGUUUAGCUUUAAAUAAAAAUAACCUCUACAAUGUGUGUGUGUGUAUAUAUAUAUAUAUAUAAGCAGUGGGGAAAUUAAGAAUACAAACAAAUGUUAUUGUUUUUCAUUAGCAUUACAGAUGGGUUCUGGGGCAUAAAUUACUGCAUAACAAAAUAUACCUUACCUUGAACUGAAGGACUGCUGCUAGGAUCCAGAAGAGGCAGAAAUAGUAUUUGUUGGUUGGAAAUGAGGAGAAUGAUGUAGUGAAGCUGUUUCUUAUGGUUGGCAGGAAUAACUGCUAGAGAAAAUGGGCAUGCAAACGUUAUAGUGGCAUUGCCAAACUGUAAACAGAUAUUUGUUAGGGUACCCCAGAGACUACAUCAUCUAGAAAUUUAAGUGGAACUGACUGACAGGUUGACGUGAAAAGCAAGGGCUUGUUUUCAGGGUUAAAACAUAAUGACUCACUGCCUUUAAUGAAAAGUAAUACAUUCCAUAUGCUGAUAAUUUGCAACCAAUGGAUUUGCCAGGCAGAACACAGAAUGUUGUUCUACUUUAUUUAUCUAAGUAACAGGCCAAGUGAAAACAUGCUGAAAUAACAGGUUAUUAUAAAUAAAAGGAAAACAAUACAUUUAAACCAUCUAAACCGGGGUUAGGCAACCUUUGGCACUCCCGAUGUCAUGGACUACAUCUCCCAUCAUGCUAUUGUAGCCAUAAUGCUGGCAAAGCUUUAGGGGAGAUGUAGUCCAUAGCUUCUGGAGUGCCGAAGUCUACCCCUCUUCUAGUCAAAAAGAGAGGUAAGUGUUCAGAGUCUACAAGAACAAACUCUGUUUACAGUGAUGUCUCUUAAUAGAUCUAUACCAUCAUUUAUACCAGUGAAGCUUGCCCUUUUGCACUGUAGCUGAGCAUCAUGGGAUAUGCAGUCUACAAAAGUCACUAAUCUCUUCUGUUACUAUCUAUCACAAUGUAUAAGUUUCCGUGCCAUUUCACCUGAAAGGCAAUUUUACCUUUAUUCCACCUGUACAGUUAUAAAUCAGUUUCCCUGAGCCUAUGACCCUGCAGGUCUGCUAGAUUGUCACCUAAUUUGAAGAUAUAGUGGAUAAUCUCUUUAUUACAUCAUUAAACAAGGGCUAAAAUACAGAGAAUGAUACAGCCGUAUGUUUCCAGUGUUAAUUAACUGUCUCAUCUGGCAGUUUAAUGAAUGACAAAGGCCCUUUACCUCUAUCCUUAUACGGGCACGCAUGCACUGCCUGAAAUAGUAAAUGUUAAAUGCCCAUGUUGCUAUAGCAACACAGUAAUGCCACUUAGUUCAUCUGAACACCGUGCCGUUAAAACAUUUUCAAUGUUAAUAAUGACAUUGCAUAGUGAGGAGGUUAAGGUUAGGGGUCUAUACUAUUGGGUGUAGUUAGGGAUAGAGGCUUUGGUUUAUAGGAGACCGGGAGUUACUAGUAUUUGCCUUUAAGAUGCUGUAAUUGGUAGCUGUUUCUUUCUAGAUAUCAUGGGGUACAUUGCUGUACCCAGUAUCAUUACCAAGCGCAAUAAUGAUAACUGUUAUGACAAACUGCGUUAGAAUGUCACUUUAGGUUUGUAACAUGGCAACAUUCAGUCUCAGGUUUAUAUUCCGGGCGUCUGUAGCUUCAGAAUCCUCUAGAUUGUACCCUCGUUUGAGCAGGAUUCUCAUUAACCUAUUACUGUCAAAAUUUGUAACAGUUUGCCUCAUUUGUUACUGUCCCCCCCCCCCCGCCUUGAUAAUAUUAUAAAGCAUAGCGAAAUAAGUAUAGAUGCUAAUUAUAAUUAUUCUCAAGCUUUCCAUCCUUCCCUAUGAUUUGGAGGAAACACAGUUACCUCAUAUGCAAAAUAUAUCUAAAAAUAAGACAAUAGCUGUUUGCAGUCAGGGUAGGGGCCGCUAAUAGACAGGUACGGGGACUAACAGGUCCAUGUUAACCGAAUAAUGUCACUGACAUUUUAAAGUGAAUCACCUAUGCCAACACCUGCAAUACUUUCUUGGAGACACCUCUUCUAUAGGAAACAAAGUUAACCUUUAAAGAUUUUACCAACCCUUUCAAUUUGACACUUCUAAUAAUCAGACAGAAUUCCUCCCAGACGAUUCAUACAUGGUGCCUCUGAAAUAACUGAAAGAAGGUUAGACUAAUACGGUGUCAGUACAGCAAUUUUGUGCAUUGUAGAUUAACGGAAUUAAGUAAUUGGGUCAAAGUUUCAUCGUCAGACAUAUCUGAUUGAAAUUUACUGAUCUGACAGUCAAUAAAUAGCACAAACAUGUCAGACUGAUACUAGUUCGGAUGAUUUCAUAUUUAGUAAUGCGGAAUGUUGCCAUACCAUUAAGAAAACCUGUUGGUAGACUAUUAAUCCAGGAAUCAUAGUCCACAUCACAUGGUAUGCUCACGUUCAUUGCUCUGGCCCUGGAGGAAAUAAAGUUAGAAUACUUUUUUUUUAAAUUUUUAUACUUUAAUCUCCACAAAGUAAACACAGAGCUUAGAUGGAAUACCUGCGAAAGAUACCCGAGCACUUCUAUAGACCUGGUUAUUACUAGUUAUUAUUAUCAUACAUGGGGCAAAAUAUGUACAAAAUAAACCCCUUCAGCCACUUACCUGAAUCCUGCGCCGAUGUCCUGCACCAAUGUCAGGCUCUGCCCAUGCUUUCCUAUGGGGAAAAUCUGACGUUGGAGGCAUAGGCGUGCGCAGCCAAUUGCAUUAGGGUGUGCACCCUAAAGCACAAACACACGCCACGCGCGUGUGUAUGUAUCUCUCUCUCUCUCUCUCUCUCUCUCUCUAUAUAUAUAUAUAUAUAUAUAUAUAUAUAUAUAAACACACACACACACACACAGCUGUGUGUGCUGUUAGUGUGCUGUGUGCUGUUAGUGUUAUGUGUGUGUGAGGGUGCGUGUUUGUGACUGUGCUGUUUGUGUGUGAGGGUGUUUGUGUGUGUAUGUUUGUCCUGUGAGGGUGCUAUUUGUGAGGGUGCUGUUAGUGUGCUGUGUGUGAGGGUGUUGUGUUUUUUUUAAAGGUGCUGUGUGUGUUUGUGAGGGUGCGGUUAGUGUACUGUCGCUCAGAUAUCGCGAGAGGAACCUGGCGGAGCUUCUGUCUAGAGCUUCCUGGGUCCUCUACUGCCUCCCUCCAAGCUGCUGUGGGCCGGUGAGGUAGAUCUUUGGUCUCCCCGCCGGCCCAUGAAGGCUUAGAGCAGAGCUGGCACUCAGAUAGCGCCGGCUCUGCGUGUGUAUGUGUGUAUGUGUGUAUAUAUAUAUGUGUAUAUAUAUAUAUAUAUAUGUGUAUAUAUAUGUACACACACACACACUGACAGACACACACAUACACUCACAGACACACACUGACACACACACAUACAUACUCACAGACACACACUCACAGAAACACACACACACUCACAGAAACACACACACACUCACAGAAACACACACACACACUCACAGACACACACACACUGACACACACACAUACAUACUCACAGACACACACUCACAGAAACACACACACACUCACAGACACACACACACACACAGACACACACACAUACUCACAGACACACACACACUGACACACACAUAUACUCACACACACUCACAGACACACACUCUGACACACACACACACAUUAUUAUAUAUAUAUUUUUUUUUUUUUAAAUGUCCACCCAGCCUCCUACCUGGAGUGCUGGUGGACUUGUCCCUGGGGUCCAGUGGGGGCGGGCGCCUUUCUCCAGUUCAGCCGCGGCGAGGGAGCUCUCUGCUCUCUGCUCUCUGCUCCCUCUCGCCGCGCGGGCUGUCUGCUGGAGCUGGGAGCCGGAAUAUGACGUCAUAUUCCGGCUCCCGGCAUCAGCGCGCGGCGAGAGGGAGCAGAGAGCAGAGAGCAGAGAGCUCCCUCGCCGCGGCUGAACUGCGGGGAGGGGGGGGGGCGGGGGGGUAAUCCAUCACCUCUUGCCCCCCCCUCCCCCAUGACAGGGGCAAGAGGUGAGACAGGGGGGCGCUGAGUGCCUGCAGGAACAGCGUUCCUGCUCAAAAAAAGUGCAGGAACGCUGUUCCUGCAGGACUCAAGCCAUAGGCGUGCCACGGGGAUUAGGGUGUGCCCAGGCACACCCGGCACACCCCGUGCGCACGCCUAUGGUUGGAGGUCUGUGAAGACGUCCAGCGUCAGAUAACGGACCAAAAGACACUUGGAUUCCGGAAGCGCCACCACAGACAGCCACAGUGUACAGACUUAGAGCUGCAAUGUAAACAUGUUUUACAUUGCAGCACUAAGUGCAAAAGGGUCACUUUAGCUCAUUGACUACUUGACCCUUUUGCACUUAGUGCUGCAAUGUACACCCUCACCCCUCAAGAGAGAUUGCCCAUCUAGAAGUGAGACACCUACAUGUUCUUAUUUCACAUUAUGACGCCCUCUUUGUCUAGUCAGUCAGAAUCAUUUUUCUGUAUAAAUAUAUCACAGAGCUCCACCGUAAUGAAACUCACCACAGUAUGCCAUACAUCCUAAAGUUUCAAAUGGGAAUGGGGUGUAGCCAUGGGAAUGGGGCUGUUCUGAGAACCUAUAAUAAAUGACUUACUAAUUGACUACUUCAACGAGCUAAAAUAGUCUGGGUGCCUACAGUGUCCCUUUAAGUGCAGUACUGUUAUUAAAUAAAAUUACCUGCAUUUAAACACACUAGCACCAGACACAUAUAUUCUUAUAUUAACAGACACAACACAUAAAUGUACUACUACCUUGACAACAUGCAAAUGCAGCCAUGAAUUCAGUUUCACUAUAUGCAAAUACACAGUAAUAUAAUGUCCAUUUAUUCACAUAAACACUAUUUAUUCAGUACAAUGAAACACACUCUAAUGCUUCCUUGCAUUCACACCUGCUGAUGCUAUACACAAACACACAUUCACACAGACACUGUAUGCAAAUAAAGAUGUGUUCUCCCACUGAUUCUAAACAAUCAAGCACUAAUGAGGAUUAACACAUAUUCCUCCACACACACAAAUGAAUACACCCAGGGGUUUAUUCAAUUAACCAGGAGGCCUGUGAAAAAUUAAAAAGUGAAAUUCUAAUUUGUAGUCACAUUAGAAAGGAAGGAAAAUGAACUAUAAUUUUCAAAUGUAUAAAUAAUAAACCCCAUUGUAAUGUAUUUGGCAUAUAUCAAUUUUACGUAGGAAUAUGUAUGUUCGUUUUGGCUCAUUAACUUUGCAAUGUUAUUUUUGGCUUUUCACAGAAUAUGAAUUUGGCUCAAGAGUUGAAAGAGGACUGCUGGGCUUUAAAAUGCCCGGGCACAUUUGUUAUCCCAGUCUAGCCCUUAGUGACAGAGUUAUGCGAUCUCCAGUACUAGCCGUACGUGGAAUGUGUUGUAAUCUGGCCCAAAGCGACUUCAUGCAGAAUGUAACUUUCAUUGUGCAAGAGCCAUUCAAAUCAUGGGAGGGGAGAUAUGUCACCGUGUCCAAAGUGAACAUUAUGUUCAGCCAUUUAUAUAUUUUUCUGUUGCUGCUUGUAUAAUGAUAAUAAUCUUUGACCGAGAAGUAAAUCAGGGAGGUGUCUCCAUAGCUCUGAUGGACGGAUAUUCUGCCAAUGCUGGUGUGAAAGUAUUACUGGAGGGAGAUGGAAACCACAAACGUGUUCGAACUCAAACAUGUGACUUAAUGCUUGUGGUGCCAGGAGAGGCCCAGGGUAUGGUGAUCUGGGCAAAGUAAUUAUUCAUAGUAUUGGAUGUAUAAUGUUAAAUUCUAAGUAUUGAUACAUUGGAUAUGUAAAUCUGUCAGUAACUGUCACUCUUUUACAAACUGUCAGGGUGGUUUACCUAAAAACACCCUCACCCCUCAAGAGAGAUUGCCCAUCUAUAAGAGAGACACCUACACAUUCUUAUUUCAUAUUAUGAUGCCCCCUUUGUCUAGUCAGUCAGAAUAAUUUUGCUGUAUAAAUAUAUCACAGAGCUCCACCGUAAUGAAACUCGCCACAGUAUGCCAUACAUCCUAAAGUUUCAAAUGGGAAUGGAGUGUAGCCAUGGGAAUGGGGCUGUUCUGAGAACCUAUAAUAAAUGACUUACUAAUUGACUACUUCAAUGAGCUAAAGUGGUCUGGGUGCCUACAGUGUCCCUUUAAGUGCAGUACUGUUAUUAAAUACAAUUACCUGCAUUUAAACACACUAGCACCAGACACAUAUAUGGAGCUCUGGUACACUCUUAGUCACACAAAAAAUAUGGAGUUCCUAGAAAAGUGGGACAUUGGGAUAGAAAGAAGGGGCAGAGGGAUUUGGACCAACAAUAGGAAAUGUCUCUCUUAAAUAGAGACACUAAGGAGUUAUGAUAUGAGGUGUGUAUAUCACAGAGCUUCACAGCAAUAGAAGCAAUAAAACUCAUAGUAAUGUGUGGUGCCUAAUCCCGAUUUACAGAAAUUCUCACAAUAAAAAUAAAAGCAAAAAAACAUACUUCCCAGCAUUUCAAAAUACAAAGAGGGACACUUACAUUUUAGGGUAUGAAAGGGUGGCUGUUAAUGGCUGUAGAAUUUUAGGAUACUUUCUAUUAAGAUAUGCAACUAAAAUAUAAUUUAGAACAAGAACAACGUAUAUUAUUUACACAAACUGAUUUCUAAACCCAUUUCUAGUUUAAAGACACAUUACUGAGAGUAUUAUUCUGUGGAGCUCAGUUCUGCACUCAGACACACCAACCCUAUGGUGCUUACGAGAUAAAGGGACAUUUGGAUGGAAAAGAGGGUCAGGGGAUUUGAUCCCACUUUACUUGAAAGCGCAUUGCAAAGAUAAAGACAGAGAUAAAGACUACAAACAUGGAGACACGUCAGUCACCUCAAUCGUCAUGUAGGGAAGGAACCGACCCCAGGAUGCAUGUUACAGGAGAAGGGAUGGAACAUCAGGUAAGUAUGUCUUGUCUUUUAACCUAUACAUUUACAGGCGAUUUAUUUAUUUAUUUAUUAUUUAUAAAAUAUUUUGCCAGGAAAGAUACAUUGAGAUUUCUCUCGUUUUCAAGUAUGUCCUGGGUCCACAAAUCAUUGCAUUGUUACAUUAGGUACAACAAAAUACAAAAACAAUAUUAAUACACAAUAUAUACAAAAUUUAACAUAGAACAAUUUCAGAUGCAAGGUAUAUUCAUUAUAAGAGGUAAGACCACACCUUGAAUAUGCUGCACAAUUGUAGGCAUAUGUUCUAAAUAAAGAUAUUAUGGCACUAGAGAAAGUGUAGGUUGGGCUACAAAAUGAAUAUGGGGAGUGGAAGAUUUAGUUGAGAAGAAAGGUUAAAAAAUUCAAGGGACUACUAACGUCAUCCAGACUGUUUCAUCUUAAUGUAGUCUGCAUGCAGUGGUCCUGUCAUUUUGUAAACAAUGUAAACUAAUGCAGUUCUUUAGAUACUGCAAUCUUUACAUUGCAGGAUUUAACACUUCUCUAAAGGCAGUAAUCUAGACAACCACUAGAGGUGCUUCUGCAGCACCUACAAGUAACAUUUGGUCAAGUGACUUUGAAGCUCACAGGAAAGCAUUGAAUGUAAUACUUCCUCUGAGAAGAAUUUGGAAGUGCAAUCCGGAGCAUUGGAUUGGCCAUGAACUUGAGACCAGGACGUUGUCUUGGCACUGGAGUAAAAUAAAUUUUCUCCAGAUUUUAACUGGAAACAGGGAAGAGGAGCUAAAACAAGUCCGCAGAUAGGGCACUAUAGCGUUAGGAAUUCAGGUACCUAACGCAAUAGGGUUACUUUAAAUCUGUUUAGUUUACAUGACGGCUCAGAGGGAUAUGAUAACAUUAUAUAAAUAUAUUCAGGCCAACACAAACCAUUGUAUGGAAAUGUAUUUAUUAAUAUGACUAUACACAGGACACCCCCUUAAUUAUUUAGGACCUCAACCUGCUGCCAGUGGGUAGGGCUGGGGAAGACAAUUGGUCCACUCCCAAUUUUAUUUAGGUCACCUACCCAUCCUCAAUGGGUGGAGGCUUGCAGGGACAAUAGUAUUAUUUAUACCCCCCUUCACCUGCCACAAGUGGCUGGGGGGACAAUAGGUUCACUCUUCAAUAUUUUAUCAGGCCCCCACCAGGCAUGAAAAGGGGGAGCUGGGGAGAACAAUAGGUCGAUACCCCCAUAAUUAUUUAGGACCACCACCUACCAUCAAUGGGUGCUCUGUGGAGGAGGGACAAUAUGUUACCACAUGCGUGUCAUCCAUGGAUGCACGGUGUACUUCCAGUUCCGCCCUACAUGUAUGUCCUUGUAUCAUAAAGAGUAAUGUGCAUAAAUGUCCCAGAGCGCACAUGUGUGUAUGCGUUCCAACUUCCAAAAACAUAACAUUUAGGGAUAUAAUAUUUGAUAUUUGGGUUUAAAGCUUCUUGAUCCAAGGAGAGAUCUUACUGUUAUUUUGGGGUCCAGAAGGAAUUUUCUUUCCUAGUUUGUUGAAAAAUUGGAUAGUUCUUGAAACUGUCUUUUUUUUUUUUUUGGAUGAACAGCAGCAACAGACAAGAGAAAGAAAGGCUGAACAUGAUGGACCCAUGCCUCUUUUCAGCCUAUGUAACUAUGUAAACUGAAAUCUAGCAGUAAUAUCGGUGGGGUCUGGAUUAUAUGGGCAGGUGGGGAAGUACCAACCCAAUUUUUGUUACAAAAAAUAUAUAAAUAAAAUCUAUCGACAUUUUUUUAGAAUAAACACGUCUGUCAUGAUUAUAUCAGCAGUUUGCAUUCCCCCCUUUUAUUAAUAACUGGAGAUGCAGCUGGUUAUGAACAGGACGUAGCAUCUCGUGGGGUUUUGUGUUAGCCAACAAGUCAUGGAGCAGAGCGCUAACCAUCUUUAAACUUCACCAGCCACAAUUGAGUACUAUUGUACAAAACAAUAAAAAAUAAACCUGAUCAAGGACAGAAAAAGGUUGGCACACCGGUUCUCCAAUGGUACAGGUGAGUCCGGCAGAUCCUGUUACUGCUGUGGUAAGGGAGCAAGUUGCUUGCUGACAUGUGACAAAAAAGAGAAAAACUAUUUUUGUCUUUGUUUUUUGUUUAACCCCUUAAGGACCAAACUUCUGGAAUAAAAGGGAAUCAUGACAUGUCAUGUGUGCUUAAGGGGUUAAAGGGAUUCUCAAAUCUGUUUUCCUGGCACUGUAGAAUCCUGGAGUGCCCCCCCCCCCCCAUCCCAUCCCAUCCCACAUCGCUGAAGCGGUUAGAACAACUUCAGGCACUUACCUUAAUCCUCAGCGCCCACACUCCACCCCGCCGGCGAUUGAGAACUAAAGCGCAUGCUCGGCAAUGGCUGUGCGCACAUUAGACCUUCCAAUAGGAAAGCAUUAUUCAAUGCUUUCCACGGGGAUUCCGGCAACGCUGGAGGUCCUAAUGCAUAGCGUGAGGCCGUCCAGUGUCGUUUAGACGACCAAAAGUCGUCUAAGAAACCAAAAGUCCCUCUAGUGGCUGUCUGGCAGACCGCCACUAGAGGAUGACAACUCUGCAAGGUAAUUAUUGCAGUUUUUGUAAACGACACUACACUUGCAGGGUUAAGCAUAGGCGUGCGCAGCCCAUUGUAUAAGAGUGUGCAGCCUAAAGCACAAACACACAUGCCGCGUAUAUAUAUAUAUAUAUAUAUAUAUAUAUAUAUAUAUACACACACACACACAUAUAUACCGCUGUGUGUGUAUAUGUGUAAGGGUGCUGUGUGAAGGCGCUGUGUGUGAGUGAAGGCGCUGUGUGUGAGUGAAGGCGCUGUGUGUGAAGGCGCUGUGUGUGUGAAGGCGCUGUGUGUGUGAAGGCGCUGUGUGUGUGAAAGCGCUGUGUGUGUGAGGGCACGCUAUGUGUGUGUGAGGGCGCGCUAUGUGUGUGUGAGGGCACUGUGUGUGUGUGAGGGCGCGCUAUGUGUGUGUGUGGACACUGUGUGUGAGGGCACUGUGUGUGUGUGUGAGGGCGCUGUGUGUGAGGGCGCUGUGUGUGAGGGCGCUGUGUGUGUGUGUGUGUGUGAAGGCGCUGUGUGUGUGAGGGCGAUGUGUGUGUGUGUGUGUGUGAGGGCGCUGUGUGUGUGUGGGUGCUGUGUGUGUGUGUGGGCGCUGUGUGUGUAAGGGUGCUGUUAGUGUGAGGGUGCUGUGUAUGUAAGGGUGAUGUAUGUGUGUGUAAGGGUGCUGUGUGUGUGUGAGGGUGCUGUGUAUGUAAGGGUGAUGUAUUUGUGUGUAAGGGUGCUGUGUGUGUGAUGUUAGUGUGUGUGUAUGUGUAAGGGUGCUGUGUGUGUAAGGGUGCUUUUAGUGUGAGUCCUGUGUGUGUAAGGGUGAUGGAUGUGUGUGUGUGCUGUAUGUUUGUGUGUAUUGUGUGGGGGUGGGGGGCCAUUUAGUUAAUAUCCCCCCUCCCUUCUUACCUUUUGUAGGGAGGGGGGACCGUGCUGCUGCCAUCACUGGUGGUCCAGUGGUGAGUGAACUAUAGCCCCGUAUCCUGCGGGGCUAGAGUUCAUCCUCGCAAGAUCUGAGCGUUGCCGCUGCUCCGACCUCGCAAGAGGAACCCGGUGGAGCUGCUUGCAAGAGCUCCCCGGGUCCUCUCCUGCCUCCCUCACUUCCUGUGGGUUGGUGAGGGAGAUCUUGGAUCUCCCUCACAGGCCCAUGGAGGGAGGCACAUAUCGCCGGCCACGGGGAUUAGGGUGUGUCUAGGCACACCCGGCACACCCCGUGCGCACGCCUAUGGGGUUAAGCAUGAUGAGAGUUGGAACCCAGACCACGUCAAUGGGCUGAAGGAGUCUGGGUGCCUACAGUGUCCCUUUAACCAAUGCAAUGCUAUAAAAACACUUUGUGUAAUUGUUUUUUAUAUUCCAAAAUUGCUUUUUAGACCAAUAACACUGAUUACUUUUUUUUAUCAAGGAAGAAUAAUUUUUUUAUUGGCAAAUAAUGCAGUAAAUAUAUGUGUGCGUUACUAGCAAGUAGACACACAUCUGCUCAUUGACGCCUUAAUUUCCAAAGAAUUUGGGAAAUUAAAAAUAUCAAGUUCCCUUUAAUUUAGAGGAAGUAAUUUUACUCAUAUUUCCCAUGACUCACAGCACAUAAAACAUUAGAAUAGACACUCAUUUUAUAACUAAUAUCUGAGUAAUAGUGAUAAAUAAUUGAAAUUCCAGCACUAACCAUUCUAGUUAAUAAAUUAUUCAAAUACUUUACUACUCACAUCCUAUUGCCCAACUAAUUGAAUAAAUAGAAAACUUAAUGUUGUGGCCAUUUAUAAUAAGCACUGCAGCUGUAAGCCCACCGUCAACCCGGUGACAUUACAGGAGGCAGUUGUAGUUUCUCCUACCUGUACAAAUUCGUGUACAGUGCGGUCAUGCAUGGCGGGUGCAAACUAUACCUCAAAUUUUGCAUGUCCUGUUAUAGCUUUGAAUGAGUGGGCCUUGGCUCAUUAAAAUAUGACACUAGGAAAAAACUGUGUUGCAAUAAUAGCAUAACACAUUCUUUACUCAUAUGUACAUACUUCAGUAAUCCUUAGAGAAGGUGGAUUACAACUGAAAAGGCGCCAACGUGAUCAUAAGACUAUUAAACUGACUCUAAAUGAGAUUGUACUUUUAGAAAACACUAUGAAUAGUAUACUGUAUCAUUGUUAAAUAUAUUGUUUUUAUGAUGUAGAGAUUUUGACCACUGAAUCUGACCUGACAUGAAAAAUGAUUUCUAACACAUUCUAAAAAUUUUAAUUUCUAUAUUUCUUAUUAACUCCUUCCCUCCCAAGUCAAUCCAACAAUGAACGUACUCACGCUAAGUUUCAUUUUGCAUUGCAAGGCUCUUUAAUCCCCACUUACAUUCCACUUUGCUCGAGGGCUGAUGUUUGUACUGCAGAGAAACAUGUUGGCUUUUUUUAACCAGACCUCAACUUUGUCCCUCUGCAUCUCAGGGGGCCUGUGCAUGGUGGUCUGCUCACGCAGCCUACGUGGGGGUGAGGGCUCUGAGCACAUUGAUCAAUUAGAAGGAGUAUAUAAAAUUAUAUUUACAUUCUGGUGGCUUUUUUUUUUUUUUACAAAACGACAUUCCAGAAAUGCCAUUAAAGGGACACUAUAGUCACCAGAACCACCAAAGCUUAAUGUAGUGGUUGUGGUGUCUAUAGUAUAUCCCUGCAGGCACAACAACGCAAACGCUGCCUUUGCAGAGUAAAGGCAGUGUUUACAUUGCUGCCUUGUAACACCUCUAGCAGCAGUCACUCAGAUGGCCACUAGAGGGGCUUUCUGCUUCAGGGCUGCGCAGUGUGAAGCACCUACAUUCAGCAUCUCCACUCUCUGCAUGGAGGUGCUGAACGUUUGAUUCACUGAAUCUCUCUGAGGAGAUGCUGAUUGGCGCAGCGCAAUAGCCUCACAAUGCUUUCCAUUGGAAGGGCUGAGAUUAUCAAUAUUGAUGAUCUCAGCCAUAGCAGCAUGGCCAGCCACAACAAGACAAGCGCAGUGUUAGAGAAAAGUUCAGUAAAAUAAAUUUCAACUCCAUUCCGAGGGGGGCUGGACACCUAAAUAGGUAGUCCAUCACUAUAGUGUUCCUUUAAGUUCUUAAAAAAACACUAGUGCGAUAGCUGACAACUUUUAUUAUUCUACUGUAUGUAAUAAAAAUAAUGCUAUUUCUGCUUCUAUGUCAACAUUUGAGAUGUUAUAGAACACAAUAUAGUCUCAAACUAAGCAGAGAGACUAGGUUGAGGGCAGCUGGUGCUCACAUUCUGUGUUAAUCUGUUUGAGAACGGUUUUAAAGAGGACUCCAGUCACCAAUAACCACUUCAGUGAGGAUAGCGUCCUAUUAAUGUUGUGCUCUGUUUUGUGUUUAUUUUGGCGUGUUUAUUCAAGGAGAUUCAUAUUUGUGUGCCACCAUUAUGAGGGUUUUUUUUUCUGGAUAGGAAUAUAACUUCCUGUUCUCAUAAACUCUGUUUUUGAAGUAAUUAACUAUUUAACUUGCACAAUAUCCCUAUAUCAGGGUUAGAAUUCAAAGUGAAUUGAAAGUGGAUUUCAAAUUUAGCCAGCCUGAGGUGACCUGAAAGCACAGCAGAAUUGUCCUAGUUCAGAAAAUUUUACCUUAAAUUUGAAGUUCACUUUGAAUCCAUUGUACAGCUCUACGGAAUUUGCUGGCGCUAUAUAAAUAAUAAAAUAAUAAUAAUAAUUCACCCCGAAUUUUCAUGUUUGUGAGUAACCCUGUAUAUUUUAGAUUCAAUGGUGAUUUUGCUCACUAUCAACCCUGUGGCUUCAGUUCCAUUGAUACAUUAAAACUAUCUUUCAUAGAUCGUUUGUGAUGUGAUGGUCACCUCUGAUCUUCUCCUCUAUUGAGUUUAACUUCAAUGAAAUAUGCUUUAUUCUCUCCCAUGACUUGCCCUCACAUCCAACUUAAAUUUGUAAUUUCUUUAAAUUAAUGCCAGUUGUUGUAUCCCAUAUAUCUAAAUUUGGCUUCUCUUUGGAAUGUUUUGUCUCCUACGCACCUAUUAUCUUUUGGUACAUGUUGUUUUCCUCUAUGUUAUUGUAUUUCCUUGUGCCCGUGUGAUGGCUCCCAGCUUUGCUUUGUUUGAAUUUGAUUAUGGUUUCAAUCCUGCUGCCUCUGGUCACCCGGUGACCUGAAAUUCUAAAAACAGACAUGUCCGGAGCAUAGACAUCAAACACCCCCUGAGGUGGCAGGGUACAAGGUCUGUGUCGCUCAGCUCUCUUCCUGAUCCAUUUCCUACUGCACCAGGAUGACUAAGGACUUGCGUGUUCAACAAAUGUAACUUUACAGAGCAAUGCAUUGGAUAAUACGUUGAUAACGCAGUCUUUGAUAAACUGUAUAUCUUCUAUAUUAAAUGUAAAAUGCCUUCCUAGAUUACGAAAUCUGGAAGCCUUCAUCUCGUCGUUUGACCGAACCAUUCAGAGAAUCCGACAUUGACAUUUUCAUUUCCUUUAUCAGAAAGUGUUGUGAAAUGUAUUAUCAAAACAUUAAACCCACUAUAAAUCGGAAUAUCCUUGAUGUAGCUUUCCCAGUUAGGAGUGGGGUUACAGGUUUUGAAAACAUGUGGAAUGAAGCAUGAGACCGUUCUAAGAAAUCAAGCAGCUCUGACAUCAGAAUUCUUUGUUAAAGAAACACUGUAGUCAUCAACACCACUCCAUCUAAAUGAAUUGGUCGGGUUGCAGUGUAUCUGUCCUUUUAACCCUGCAAUGUCAGACAUGGCAGUUUUUUUAGAAACUGCAAUGUUUACAUUGAAUGGUUAAGUCUACCUCUAGUGGCUGUCAGUAAAACGUAGUUACAUGCGACAGAGCCCCAUAGGAAAGCAUUGAUUCAUUGUUUUGCUAUGGGAACGUUUAAAUGCACACAGAGCACUUGCCGCGCAUGCACAAUAGGUGCCCAAUGCUUCUCUAUGAGGAGUAUUGGAUUAGACAUCAGCGGAGUACCCCAAUGUGGCCAUGCUUCUUUGUGAUAUUUCAGGAGGUGGAGAGGUAAGCCGACAGCCUCAGCACUGGAAAAAGGUAAGUUAAACAUUAUUUUAUUUUAAGAAAUUUUAAUGCGCUGUGGGUUCAUAAUAUAGUCAGAUCUUUGUAUCCAAAUUUAAUGCUAAUUUUAUUUUAAGUUUAGUAAAUAAAAACUAAUUUCCUUGUCUUGGAUAUUAUGUUUGGAUUGCUGUUGCACUGAGUUUCAGUAAGUAAGUAUACGAUGUCACGUGCAGAAGAUAUGUUUCAUGUUAUAUGUGCAUGUUGCAUUAACUUGUAUGUGCACUUGAAGUAACUUUAAAUGCUGUGCUACACAUGUACAUGCCAUAAUAUUUGCAACUGUAUCUUUAGAAGUAGAAACCAAAUAAGUAGUGUAUUUUUUUUUUUUUUACGGAAGAAUUGACUUUUUCAUGCAAAACAUAGAAAGCCCCCAUCAUGUAUUUUAAGCAUGUUAUCCCUCCUUAAGCUUUAAUGUACGUAAAAACCGUCCUUAUAGCUGGAAUGUGCUUUUAUGGGACUCAAAAAAGCUUUUAAACUCACAGAAGUGGGGUAUAAUUUCACAAGAGGUAAAGAGCACUGGGGCCAAAUGGAAUGGAUUGCCAGGUGCAUUCUUUAGCUAACUAAACAAAUAUAUAACAUUUUUCAGAUAUUGAAGAUAGUGUAGAGUAAGAAGGUAAAUUAGGGUAAAAUAAAUAUUGAUAGUACAAACUGUGUGAGGUGAGACAGGGUAGGCGGUUGCAGAAUGAGAAAUUAUUCUUGGAUUAAAAAAGUAAUGCUUAGGCUCUGUGCAAUGGGCUGAAAGGUUUUGAAGGAAUCACAGAUAAAAAAUAGCUGAUGUCCUGAAUGAUUUGUGUUUUGUUCUAUAUCACAGAUAGUUUAUGGAAAAUCAGUCUCUAUUUUUAAGUUAUUAUAUGGCAGGAUGGCAAACACACCCAAAAUGAUAAUGUUACGGCUUUCAGUUUAACUGAUUUCUAUCGCUUUUUCUCUUUACUUUGGGUAAGAUCUUGUUUGUGGCGUUUGGCCAUUUGAAUACUCUGCAGUCUAAACAAAAACAAACAAAUGAACAAAGCUUAACAGAUUCCUAGAACGCUGCUAGUUAUGUUUGGAACAUCAGAUGUUUCAGGGCCAUGAAAGGGUUUCUCCAGGCAUCCUAACCACUACAACCUGCUAUAGUGAUUAUGGCGACAAGACUACUAUGGCAAAAUUUCAUGUAAAGGGGGAAUACCAUUUUGCAAUGGUUGCCACUUAUUUGUGAGGUUCACUGUACACUGAGCCUUCAAGAAUGGUGGCUUGCCAUAUCCAACUUCUGCCGAAGGGCAGAAUAAGAAAGCCAGUACUCUUUCAUUUAUUCUGUUAGUUGCAGUUGAGUGCUCUCAGUCAAUGAAAAUCUAUUAAUAUGCACAUAAUUAACAUUAGCCAUUAACAUUCUAGGUUGACUAAUGAAAGCUGCUGGAGGUGGAAUUAUGUCUCUGGCAACAAUAUGAAAUAUCUCUGAAGUGGUUAUAAUGGUUUGAGUAACCAUUUAAGGUUGACUGAAGAACAUAUUGAGAAACAGUGGCGUACAUACCGGGGUCGCAGGGGUCGCGGCUGCGACCGGGCCCGGCCCACCAGGGGGCCCGGCCACCCCUGCGACCAGGUAUGUACCCACAGGGCCAGCCUCUUCCCCUGGGGGGCCCAGGAGCCGACCACCCCAGGGCCCCCCGAGGCUGGCCCUGCUGACACCCGGCAGUCGGGUGGCCUGUCGGGCAGGCGGGUGCGCGAGGGAGCACUCAGUGCUUCCUCUUCAGCUCCCUCGCGCACCGCACUUCCGGCGCCGGCAUCCCUACGCGGCGCGCGAGGGAGCUGAAGAGGAAGCACUGAGUGCUCCCUCGCGCGCCCACUUGCCCGACUGGCCACCCGACUGCCCAGGAGCCCAGCAGCACCACUGGACCCUAGGGAAUCCCCCCAGCACUCCAAAAAGUAAGGAGGCUGGAGGGAUUACAUUUAAAAAAAAAAAAAAAAUGUGUUAGAGUGAGUGUUAUAGUGUGUGUGAGUGUUAGAGUGUGCGUUAGAGUGUGCAUUAGAGUGUGCGUUAGAGUGUGCAUUAGAGUGAGUGUGCGUUAGAGUGAGUGUGCGUUAGAGUGAGUGUGCAUUAGAGUGAGUGUGUGUGUGAGUGAGUGUGUGUGAGUGUGUGUUAGAGUGAGUGUGUGUUAGAGUGAGUGUGUUAGAGUGAGCGUUAGUGUGAGUGUUAGUGAGUGUGUGUGUUAGUGAGUCUGUUUGAUGUCUGUUAGUGAGUGCGUGUUUGUCAAUGAGAGUGUAUGUUUUGUGAGUGUGUAUGUAUGUCUGUAAGUGUGUGUGUCUUCAGCACUUACCAUUCUCCAGCGCCGGACUCCCUUGGCGCUGGGGAUCCCUCAGCCUCUCAGCUCCAAAUGCAACCGCGCACACAUUCAAACCGCCCAUAGGAAAGCAUUACUCAAUGCUUUCCUAUGGACGUUCAGUGUGCUCCUCUAGCGGCUGUCAGUGAGACAGCCACUAGAGGCUGGAUUAACCCUCAGUGAAACAUACCAGUUUCUCUGAAACUGCUAUGUUUUCAGCUGCAGGGUUAAAACUAGAGGGACCUGACACCCAGACAACUUCAAUGAGCUAAAGUGAUCUGGGUGUCUGUAGUGGUCCUUUAAGUGUGUGUACAUCUGCAUGCACUGGCGUACAUACCGCGGUCGCAGGGGUCGCAGCCCUGUAACCCCUGCGACCAGGUGCCCACCGCCAUGUGUUGCGGCCCGACCCGUGCGCGGGGGUGGGGGGGCCCAUGGAUCAAUUUUCGCACCGGGGCCCCAUGGGUCAUGUGUACGCCACUGUUGAGAAAUAUAGUCAAUAAACACACAAUUCGUUUUGUUGCCACCACGUGGAAAAAAGAAAAUAUCCACAACAAAAGUGGAUCAGAGGGGAUAACACUGCAUUGUUUAAAGCAAUAUUGAAAUCAGGUAAAAGAAAUGUUAUAUUUGGGGAGAUGGGACAUAUUUUCACUAUUUUAUGACGAGAACAAUUUCAAGAGCAGUCUACUCAGGACAGGAUUGUAAAUAACUCAUAGAACAGGCCAGGGAUGGUCUGGUCAAUCUAAGCAUCCUGAAUUGACUACUACCAACAUACCGUACUGGGCCUAUUCACUAAAUAGGUAGGUUGCAGCUAUGGAGAAUUUAUUGAACUCCUACCUGUGACCCCAAAGAUACUUAAUCGGCCUCCGUUUGUCCAUAGAUAUUUCUAAAUGAGAAAAUGAUAAAAAAAAAACAAGAAUCAAUGCCCACUCAGGUUAUAAGAAAGAGUGUUUUUUAUUUCAUUUCCUCUACUGUAAAUUGCAGUCCCCCAUGUAACUAAUGCAAACGGAAGCAAGCUAUAUGACAAGAAUCAUUCUGUACUCUUUACUUGCUGUUUUUUGUUUUUGUAUCAAAUCAUUUAAAAAGGCUAAAAGCAUUUUUUCAUGUUUAUAUUGAAGCUGUUAGUUUUUCCUUCAAUAAAACAAAAUGAAAAAUAAAACUCUUCAGUUAAUUUUAGCAAAUAUUUUUUUGUAAAUACUUUAUAUAACGCCUCGAUGGGCUGGUAAAAUAUCAUUUUUAUACAGGUGUUCUGUAUUCUUACUGUUGUUGCUUUCUGAAGCUAUGUGUUACAGUGUUCACAAGGUGUAGAAUACAGGUUUGUUAUCAAUAGCUUGAUGGAGUGUUCACAUGGAAAAUUUGAUAUAGAAAGUGACGGUUUCAAGUUAAUCUACAACUGACCCUUUUGUCUUAUAGGUCUUUGUGCUUUGCCAUGCUCUCCUGCAACUCUCACAGCUUCUAUACAGUGCCUACUUCAAGAGUAGUCUGACCACAAUAGAGAAACGCUUUGGGCUUUCAAGUUCCUCUUCUGGCCUUCUUUCGAGCAUCCAUGAGGUAAGAUUUCUGGACCACUGUAGCUAGCCCUGUGCAACAAACUGAAAUUUCCCUCUUGUAAAGAGAAGCAUAACAUUUCAAUGAAAAAACUAAUGCAGAUGUUCCCACUGCUAAAAAUUUGCAUCCACCUACCCCCUCUAACUUCUUAAUGUGGUAAGUGAGGGUAGGUGGAGGUCAGUAACCUCUGAAUGUGCCCCAACGAUAGACUAAUAUAUAUCCGCUUACUUGUAGAUAGCCUUCUACAUACCUGCUUGUCACUAGACCAGCUCGAAAUUCUCACCUGUAAUUUACAACAGAUUCUUACACCAUUAGCCCACAGAAGGCUUGUUUUAUUAAAUGUUUACUCUUUGACAGACCUUUUAUGGGGAAGGCCAACAUAGACAUUUUCUUUUUGACUGCUUAGCCCAGGAAGUAAUUUUUCACUAUUGAGAUAAGUACAGUCUGUGUAACUGUAAAAAGAUUUCACAUGUUCACACCCUAACUAUAUACCUUUGUACUGUUCAUACCUGCAAACAUAUCACUAAUCACUGUCAGUCCUAUAUAUUUGUUCCACUGAUUAAAUCACUAAAUAACGUUUCUCUGCUGAAGUGUGUACACACAUAUUCUAUCUACCAAGGUCAGUACACAAGUACACUUUGUUCACAUCACAAUAUUACACUUGUUGAGAUAUUAGCCCCUAUUUCUUUUUAGUCAUUUCGGUGCACACCUCUUGGUAAAUAAAUGCAAUAAUCCAACUGAAAUAAAGACCUAUAACCUAAGAUCACUUGACUUUGUAUCCUUUCUCAAGCUUGCAUAUAUAUGGUAUUUCUUUGUUUACAUCAGGACUGAAUCUCAUGUUUCGAUACACAUUGACUACUUUAUGUGUUCAGUGCAUACCUUAUCGGUACUUCAAUCAGUGCAGAUUAACCUGCUAAACAUUUGCAUUCCCUCUCAACAAAGCAGAUUAAUGCAUACCUCACACCGAUUAGACCAGGGAUGCAAUAGAUGGCCUGGGAAUAUUGGGCAUUGUAGGGCAAUAGUUAGAGAUGCAUGAUUUAGACCUUCUCAAUACUUCUCUCAACAGUGUCAAGGAAGGAAACUCUCGAAGCUAGUGUUCUUUGUCAUCAUCAUCCACUAACAAGUCACCAUAAGUUAUUACUAGAUGUUGAUAUACAUCUCACUGCAGUGGUUAUGCUGUCAGUAGUAUCCUGACCUGAUUCCCGGUAAUUUGGAAAACAGUUUAGCGAUGGUUUGUCCCCCUUCCUGGUCUUCCUAGGCUCUGAUGCUGACCGCUCUCAGCCAAUUACUUAAUUUCUGUACAUUGAAAGUUUCAAAGUAUUGACAUAUGCCAGCCCAAAACGCUAGUUCUUGGCUAGCUAAUGACUACCCAAUGACGCUGCCAGAGAUGGACUUACAUCCCUGGCUGCAGAAAGGUUAAACUUCAUUUGUAGGUGAACGCUGCACAUACAGACUCCAGGCACCACGAACACUUCAAGUCACUAAGAGUUGAGAUAUUGGUACACACUGGUGGAUUUAAUUCUUAUUGUAAAUUAUGAGAUUAUUCUGUUUCCACGUCAUUUCGUUUCCUCCCUAUGUAAAGUCAUUUAGAAUUAUACAUCGUUUUCUCAUCUUAAAAGACACAGAGGACUGAAAAAUCUCUUCAGUUAUAUCCACUUUUUCACUGUCUAUUCAGAUGGGGAUUCCCUGUCAGUCAUUUGGUGAGACACAGUGGACAGACUUACAAAGUAUAGGACAAAUACCUCUAUAUACUGUUGGAGAAUUUCCUUCCCGUACAUCUAUCUUUUACAUGUAAACACAAAUCAAGAAGAUCUCUUAGAAGAAGAUGUUUUAUCAGAAUUAGAUGCCCCCAAAUGUACUUUCCUACAUAUCCUUUAUAUCCUUGCUUGAUCAUCUUCGUAGGGAUUAGCUAUAAAUCAUUACCAUACACCUCUGAGCUGAGAUUGUGUUGGGCCUUGAAGUAGUUUAUGCAGCUGUAAAAAUAAUGUGAAAGUAAUAUGCCAUUUUCUGCAUCGUUCUGCUUGAGGAUGCUUAAAAAAAUACACCAAAGAAGCAUUUUUGCUGCAAAUACCCAUUACCUAGUAACUACUAAAUCUAAAGGAAAUUGAUCAUACAAAAACCGCACACUUUUUAAUAUUAAUAAUAGAAGGGUUUCCUUUAAUCAUGAACAGAUGAAGUUCUGAGGGUGAGUUUGAAGAAUACUGUUCUGAACUCUUUCAAGUCAAGACAGACAUGGAUUUUUUCUAACUUUUUAGACCAAUGUUACUGUUUCAUCCUCUAAUUAGUUAAACCAAUAAUGACUUUUUUCCUUUUUCACUCCACAGAUCAGCAACGCUGUGCUCAUCAUCUUUGUCAGCUACUUUGGAAGCAGAAUCCACCGGCCACGAGUUAUCGGUAUAGGUGGUCUUCUGCUAGGUCUAGGCACAUUCCUCCUCACAUUUCCGCACUUCCUGUCUGACAAGUAUCAAUACACUUCACUGGAAAAUGGUACAAAUUUAAAAACACUAACAGCAGCAAAAUUGUUUUAAUCAGAGAUAAAUUGCAUUCAACCUGGGUUGACUUAACAACAUGGUUUUUCUUUGGACAGGAAACAAAUCUCAUUAUGGAGAGUUCUGUACAAAAGAGAACAGGACAUCAACCUGUGCAAGUCUAAAUGGCAAGCCGUUACCUGGAUCAAGCAACCCAGAGGCCACAAACAUGUGGGCAAUCAUGGUAGUGGGACAAUUGCUUGCUGGUAUCGGCACUGUACCCAUCCAGCCUUUUGGCAUUUCUUAUGUAGAUGACUUUGCAGGACCAAACAAUUCUCCAUUAUACAUUGGUAAGUAAAGCCAAGUAUGUGAAUACGUGUUUGGUGAACAGCCCUUAACUUGAUGUGUACAUGAUCCAACGCCCAGGUUUCAUCUUCUCCUUUCUGCAGCCAUCCUAUUUGCAGUGGCUGUUUUUGGUCCAGCCUUUGGGUAUCUCCUGGGUUCGGUAACCCUCAGAAUGUUUGUUGAUGUUGGAAGAGUAAACGUUGGUGAGUAGAUAUUAUGAAGACAUUCAAGCACCAUCUGAGUUUGAACAAAUAUGGGAAUGGGUCUUACUCCCUAGUUCCACAAAGUUAUAGAACUAUAGGAGAACCUUGCAGAAUUGCCAAGCUGUCUAUUAGUUCUAGAGAAGGGUAUUACGAAUAUACUUUUUUAAGGUAAUGUGAUGUUUUUUUACGUAGAUUGGAUAUAGGCAAAUAUUCUUUUGUAGUUGCUAUAUUAUUACUAAUUGGAUUGAAGUAUCUCAUGUGUGCCCAUAGUUGCAAGCAGAAUUCUAUUUUAUCUCAGAAUAUGUCACAUCAUUAAUCAAUGACAUAAGCAAGGAUUUAAUGUAAAAUUAGUUUUUCGAGGGAAUGCUAUAAUUUGGGCUGGCCCUGGUUCAGGUGAUUCCUAUAUACACACCUGCUUCCUGGCACUGAGUCUGUCAUCCUAUAGCUAGAGAAUGUUUCACAGAUGUGAUACCUAAUAUGACAUAUACGUAUAUGUGUAUGUAUGUAUAUAUAUAUAUAUAUAUAUAUAUAUAUAGGGAGUAUGGCAAAGCAGGACAGCACUAAACAAUUGUACAACAAUAAAGGUGGUCCGGGCACACAGGGGUUAUUCAAAUAACAGAUUUAAUGGAGCAGAUACAGCAACAGGUCGAAACGAUGCUGCUUGUGUCACACUAUAGUCCAUUAAAUCUGUCUUUUGAAUGACCCCUGUGUGCCAGGACCACAUUUGUUGUUGUACUAUUGUAUGGAGGUUAGAGUGGUUAUGGUAUACAGGAGUGCAGUUCCAUUAUUCUUUUGAUAAAACACUAAAAUAUUGGACUGGAUAGGAUGGAUUUUUAUAGAUGUGUUGGCUUUUGAUUUCAGAGGAACUAAGUAUCAACCCAAGCGACCCCCGCUGGAUUGGCGCCUGGUGGGUUGGUCUACUCAUUGCAUCUGGAUGCAUGGUGAUUACGUCUAUACCCUAUUUCUUCUUUCCACGGCAUAUGACAAAAUCCAAGGUAAAAGCUUCUAAUGUAUCUGUUAUAUUAAUUAUGAUUUGCUGUCUUGUUAGUUAAAGGAAUCAUCCUUACAGCAAAAUCAGUUCGCCUUAAUGACAUGAUUAUGGAGUAUAGAGUCUCUGCAGCCUUGCAAAUGAAAACCGUGCCGUUUCUGAGAAACAACAGUAUUUGAUAAGAGGAUACAAUGAUUUUCAAUGAGAUACAACUGAUUAGGCACAGGUCAUCAAGCUUGAUGAUCACACUGGAGUAAGUUCAAACUGCAGUUAUAUAUAUCAUUUUUAAAAAUUAUUAUUAUUUUGUUUUCUGAAUAAAUACUAUGAGGAGUAUAUUCCGACUGAUAGGGUAUGAAUUCCUCUAUCAUAUAUUGUUCCACAAUGUUCUUUCUUUAUCAUUUCAACAAAUGUAAAAAGUAUUAACCAGCAUUUGAAAAUAACAUUAUCAAAGACAGAAACAAAAUCGCAGUAAUAUGAAAAUGUUUAAUAUCAUACAAGAAAUUCUAUAUCUCUUAUAAAUCCAGAUCUUUGUAAGGCUGAUCAGCACUGGGCAACUUUCACCUGUCCAGAUACUUUCAAACUAUGAUGCCCAUUAUCCUAUUAUGCAGAGUGAUGGCUAUUGUGGUCAACCUGUAUGUGCAAGUCCCCAAAACAGCAACAUAUUUCCGAAGAACAGGGAAUAGCAGAUACUGUCAACCAGCUAAAUUUAGAGGUGACAAAGAGUGAUAGGUGUUGAAGUUGCCCAACUCUUGGGUAAUGUACAAAAGAGCUUCCACCGGUGGUCCCAACAUUGUUAUAAUUAUAAAUAAAUAGCCAGUCUCAGUGCAGUUACAGUGAAAGAAAUAAAAUCUGCUAUAUAUAUCCCGGAUCAAAUAAUAGUCAUACAUUGUGAUUAAAGCCAGAGUAAGCUCCGGCCACAGUCUCACUUAUGUUCCUUGUUUUCUUAGAAUUGUGCCACAGAGGAGAAUGUUCUAAGAAAGAGUCCAGACGUCACAACCGAGGAAGGCUCUCUUUCCAACUUCAUUAAGAGUAAGCAGACUGGACCACGGGGGGUUCCCUCUGUUAUAUCACAGGAAGGGCUGUACACAUGCUAAUUUACUGGCUAUCUGCCCACAAUAACAAUAAAAUUAUAAUACCUGGUGGUACAUAUUAUUCCUGAAAAACUUCCAAUGGUAGUAAAAGGCCAAUUCUAUUUAUUGCAGACACAUCUCGAAGGAUUCCAAUAUCCCAUAUUUCCCAGCACUAUCUAUAUUUAAACUUUGGUUUGUUAGAUAACAGCUAAAUUUAGAGCAAAAAUGGGAAGUUCAUGUCAAAGUAGCCUAGCUGAAAUAGCAGAAUUAGAGAAUUUUUCUAGUUUGAUUAUUUUAGCCUAAAAUCUUUCAUUUUCUUGCUAGUUUCCCAGCAAUUCCCAGUGAAUAAUAGUGUGUGGGAGCUGGCACAGCAAACAUGAAUAAACGUAGGUAUGACGAUAGACGGAGGUACAAAACAGGGAGCUCUACAGCUGUGGUGGAACCACAACCAUUAUUCUGAAAAAGCUACAUGUGAGCUAUACUUUCACUACAGCUGGGGAGCUACCUGAUGUCACUCCGUGUUAAUGCAUUUUGAUAUGUUUUGCUGAUUGUGCAAAUACUUUCCUUUUCUUAGAACUAUUUGUUCAGAAAAUAUAGAACUUUGUGAGAGCUUCAAAUUUUCUUCUAACAGAUACAGACAUGCCUAGCUCUACGUCACCUUUAUUUGCUUGUUUCUGGCAAAAUAAAAUUUUGUAUGAAAAGCAUACCGUACCAGAUUCCCAUACCGGAGGCAGUGUACGAACUGACUAAAGUUAUUAACUCCUUAAGGACACAGCUUCAAAAGUAAAAAGCCAGCAUGACAGAAAAUUCCCGUCAUGUGUCCUUAAGGGGUUAAAAUCAAUUUAAAUGCUUUACAACUGUAAAAUGAGGCUGUUUAUAGUAAUCUAUUGACUGAUCAGUAGUGGUUAUCUUUUGGUCAACUUGUAGGGUUUUGUUAUGCCUAACUGAGAUUAAAAGAAUCUGUCAAUUGGUGUGUUAAGUUAUAUGACGUGAAUUUGUAAUGUUUAGAAAAAGUAAUAUUUUUGAGGUGUUCUCAAGUGCUUGUGUACCACUACCACAGUAGAGACAGAGCAAGGAGUCUUUAAAGAAAUGUUGUCUCUGAUGGGCUUACAGUAAAAUGUUUCAAAGGACAAUGGAGCGUGGGAAGCAUAAUACAUUUUGUGACCCAGACAAACGAGAUCUGAGGGCAAUUAUUUAUCUGUAUAUUUCAUAUACAUCAUAUUGUCUAUAAUUAUACUAUGUAAAUUAUGCUGGGACAGUACUACAAUGUGCUUUUUACUUAAAAAACUGUAUUCAGAUAUUUUUGAAUUUUUCAAAAGGUAGUGCCAUAUGGUGGGAGGAGGUGGGGUAAGAGAAGAGGGAAAGAAUCAAAGGGAGGUACAGUGAAAGAAAAAACCAAAAAAACAUGUCACAUUAUGUUUUUAGUGUAGUGAGGUUACAAAUAAAAAUGAAUUAUUCUGAAACCUAUAUUUACAAAAAUGGCCUACAUGGCUUUAUACAUUAAAUGUAUUAAAUUACCAUUUAUUAGUAUGUUAUUUUUACACAUCCAUACUGCGAGCUACUCAGUGUUAUUCGCCUAUACCAUAGGUAGGCUAUAUUUCUCAUUCGGUGUUCUCCAACGUCAUUCAUCAAUAUAUGAGUGCUGGUCAAUAUACCCCAAAACAUGCUGCUUUGUGUUUGUCACUGUCACCUGAACCUUUAAUCCUGGUGUAUUAAUUGGUGUUGUCCAUCUACUCUUGAAACAGUAACUGUAACCUGACCAGCCCCAUAAUGUUUAUUGGUUGUGUCACCUGACUCAUCCAUUUUUGUGUGUUGUGUCUAUAAGCAAAAAGCAUUAACACUCUCCUUUACCUGCAGGUUUCCCACGUUUCUUUGUAAGAUUGCUUACGAACCCUCUCUUCUUGAUUCUGGUUCUGGUCCAGUGCAGCUUUUCAUCAGUUAUUGCUGCCCUAUCCACAUUCCUCAACAAGUUUCUGGAAAAACAGUAUGGAGCCAGCACAUCCUAUGCCAACUUACUCAUUGGUGAGAAUACAGCUCUUUAAUGUUUAGGGUUCACCUCGUUUAUGCAUGAUAUGUUCAGAGAUAUGCUCUAUAUAGAAUCUUGGUUAUAGAAUCUAGAUAGACAGACAGAGAGAGGACAGCACUCAUAAGGGCAGCGGAAACACUUAGGAGAAAUCAUUUAUGCCCUCUGAAUACUACUGCCAAGAAUUAUUAAUUAAAUAUUGACAAAUAGACUUUCAAUAUAUUUUAGGAGAAGUCGUAGGUUGAUAGACCAUGAUAAAUAAUGUAUUUGUGCUAAAUAUAAUCUAAUCAACUUUUAAAGUAUCCCUCCACUAUAUUCUGUAUGGUUACAUCAAUAUUUAAAUCCUGCUAUGAGUAAGGUUACCAGAUCCAGAUUCUUUAUUAUGCUUCCUAUGCCCAUUCCAGGGGGACACUGAUCUAACCAAUCAGUAUCCAAUCCCUAGGGAUGCUGGAAAAGUGCAUUGGCCAUGCCUGACACAUUUACAGUGUGCAGAUAGAAGAUCUCUUCACUUUCCAACAUCAAGACAGGGUGAGAAGAGAGGAUGUCUGAUCAGUGCGAUCAUGCAGAGCAGGCUCCGGUGUCAGUUCAUUGUGCUGCUGCACAAUGAUGCUAUGUUUCUGUCGGAGGACUGGUCUAAAAUUGGGAGGUGCGGACUAAGAGAUGUGCCUAAUAAUACAAUCUGACAAAGGUUAUAGAAUAUUUAUAUAGGUUUAUUACAUACUUUUCAAUGUUUUUCUUGCUUUGUUUUAGUUUGUAUAUUUGUUUAAAAGUGUUUGCUUGCUGUUUUAAAGAAAUAAUUGUCAAGUGAUGUAUGUGCCUUUAAGUCCAAAGUAUCAAUGAAAAUAUCAACGGAGAUACAAGGUGAUGCUUUUUUUUUCCACCAGGUUUGUAGAAAUCCAUGAUUAAAUAUAAUAUUUCUGAUUAGUAAUUUAAAAAAUAAUUUCGCUAUUUCUAUCUUAAGCUGAACUUCUAAAGGUUUUAUGAAAAUAUCAACAGUUCCUUGACUCAUAUCUUUGCAGGGGCUGUGAAUCUUCCUACGGCUGCUCUAGGUAUGCUCAUAGGAGGCAUCAUCAUGAAAAAAUAUGGCUUCACAGUGAAAAUAAUUCCUCGAUUUGCAUUAGCUAUCUUGGUUCUUUCAAUACUAUUGUGCGUUCCACUUUUCUUCAUGGGUUGUCCUACGCAAGAGCUGGGAGGCAUCAAUGACAAUAAAACAGACAGGUACAGGAUUUCCAGCAUUGUACAUUUUUAUUUAUUUAGGCCCUUUGUAUUUUUUUUCUUGCUACGAACUGAUAUACUGUCAGGAUCUGCAUACCAAACAUUCCAAACUCAGGUCAGUCAACUCAACAUAACAAGAGGAAAGGUAGAUAAACAGGAUAGUAGCGUAUUACUGGGCUGGACUUAACACUAUACCUAUAACGAAACAUACCUCAAAUUAUUAAGAGGUAUGUAAUUGGGGCGGGUGGGAGUGCCAUCAGAGGGUGCAUCAUCUAUAAUGGGCAAACUUGCCCACUGAAGGGACAUAACCUUCAUCAUACAAGACAAGGUAGAGAAUGAGCCAAGGUCAAGAAUUCGAGAUGGGAGACAAAACAACGAGAAUAGACAUAAUAAUGACAUCAGUAUUGCUAAGUUACCUAGCCAACACAUUUAUCUUAACAUUCCGUUACCUUUAUAUUAUAUUGAAAAAGUCAUGUUUGCAUACAAUUUUAACAUUUUAGGUUCGGUAACUAUCCAUGUAGGUUUGUGGUACAUGAAUGUACCUUUGGCUAUAAUAACAUAUAAUGAAUGGAGCUCUUAUCAAAUAUACAACAUUAGGAAUUCCUCUUAAAAGUAGUAUUCUUAAUGCAACGAAUGCUAUAUGUGGUUAAGGAAGUCUUUACCAAGACACAGUAUAUAGAGCACCAUCUAAUUGCCAUCCAUUUUCUAACUCAAUUCUUCCGCUACUUUAAAUUGCCAGUACUUCCAACUGUAUCAGUCAGUGUGGCUGCCUGGACUCUGUCUUCAAUCCUGUUUGUGGGUCUAAUGGAGUGGAAUAUCUGUCUCCAUGUCACGCCGGUUGUACUACAUACAGCUCGUCUGCAAAGGUGAGUAAAUGCAGCUGUAUUGAUUCUUUCCCUAAACAUGGAAUAUUUGCAAAAUUAUCCCAGUAAAGACAAAGUGGAGGUUUUUCUUUUCCCAAAUCAUCAUCUCUCUUUUCAUUUUCUAAAGAAACGUUUUCUAUCUUAGAUUAACAGGUAUAUUCACACAAUUUUCCAUUUCCUGAAAUAUUUUAGAUACAUUUUACUAUAAUUGCUUUAUUACAGAGCUGAUGGAAAACACAUUUUCAGCUAUUUUAAGGUAUUCUAGCUAUUCUGUAAUUCUUUGAAUUUAUUUUUCUCUCUAAUUCUUCAGGUCUAUAUGAACUGCACCUGUGUUGAACCUAGGUCGAGUAAAGGGACAGCUCAUUCAGGGUCCUGUAUUGCCAACUGUGCCCACCUUCUGUUGCCAGUCAUGUUCCUCAUCUCAUUUGCUGGGCUCAUUGCAUGCCUUUCCCACAACCCUCUCUAUAUGAUGGUUUUACGGUAGGUAGUGUUAGUCUGUACCUAUAGCGCCCAGCUCCUGGAGACAUGCAUUUCCUCACUGAUAUCAAUUCUUUAUAUUUGUAGGGUCGUGCCUCAGGAUGAAAAAUCAUUUGCAAUUGGUGUUCAGUUUCUUCUAAUGAGACUUCUUGGUGAGUUAUUGUUCAUAUAUAUUGAAAUAAAAGUGCAUUCAUUCAAUUUUAGCUACAACAUCCACAGAAUUAUUCAGGAGUUUUUAACUCCAACUUAGGCUGACACAAUGAGGAUUUAGAUACAUGUUACAUUGCAUAAACCUUCCACAACACAACGGAUAACACCUAUAUACGUAUCCUAUCCAAGCAACCAAAUGCCUGCUCUUAUGAGAUUAACCACUUACUUAUACAAUACUUCCAUCUUGGACUCCUUGCAGUGCAGGGUUAAAUAGAGUCCUCAACUGAGGCUGUGACAUUGCUGCUGGGAUCCGGUGGCCAGGGUAGCCGGGAGGGCAGGCUAAGGGGAAUAUAACUUGGCUUAUCAUGCCCCUCAAGGGUGUUGCCAUAUUCUUCUGGCCGGUCAUCUUCCUCUUCCAGCCAAUGUCCCUGCUGUACUCUCGCACAUGUGCGAAAGUACAGCAUUGAAGGCUACGGAAGUCCCACGAGACCUCAGGAUCCUUAAUAGACAGAGCCAAUUCCCUGCAGCCACUGGGGAUUGACACCUCUAGGCAGUGGUGGCUCCACCCACUGUCUUGGAGUGUCAGGCAUAGGAAAAAAUGCUGAGACAAAGCAGUCCCUACUUUGUCUCAGUAUAUCCUUUGACUGGAUUGGAAUUUCAAAGUAAUUUCAAGCUGAAUUUGAAAACACAAUGUCUGUCUGUGGUUAUUUGCAUGACAAGCUGUGAAUUCAAGGAUCGUUGUGGAAACAUGAUAUUUAGCGAAUCAAGUAAAUAGACAAGAGAAAAUAUAAAAAAAUAUUUACUAGGUUCUGUGUUUGGCAGAUUGACCCUUCAAAGUAACUUGUAGAAAGUGAUUUCAGGAUAUACCUGCAUACCAAUCAUCUUGUUAGCAAUGAGGAUUAAUUUCUCUAUUUAUCAUAUCUAAUAUAGCUAUUUAACCCCUUAAUGACAAAUGACGGAAAUAUUCCUUCAAGAUUCCCUUUUAUUCCAGAAGUUGUGUCCUUAAGGGGUUAAAAGUGUACCUAUACCUUUACAUUAUUGCUCUGUUCUAGCCAGAUCACAAUAGUAGUGGUUAUAUUCGCCACAAAAAGUAUUACUUUGAUUCUGAACAUAACUUGUAAGUUCCCGAAUUUGCGCAUCCAUAAUGAAACUUUCCUAUGUCAGUUUGCUUACUGCUAAAUUUUGCUAUAUUGCUGAAUUUACUAGGAAUAAAUGAGUAAUGCUACAGGUGAUAACACCAUAACAAAAGUAGGAUGACCAUUAUCUAGCAAAAUUGACAGCACACAUGGUAAUAAAAUAUCUAAAAGAAAACAUCAAUCCAUAGAUCAGUAUCCUUUAAAAUCUCAUGACAAUGAGAAGCAUUUCGUGUAAAUGGAACAUAUUUAGAGAAUGACCACCAAGUGGGGAGAAGGGAAGUUAAGAGAAUUAAGAGAAAUAAGAGUAAUAAAAGUAAAGAGAGGGGGUUAUGCUACUGCUGCAGUCAAGAGGGGUUUUUGACGUUAUAGAUAAUUAAUCCCCACAUCCAGGCAUCCAACACUGUAAUUGAGAUAGAGAUAUAAAAUUCUCAUAUAAACAUUAAUGAACGAGGCAUCAAGGGAUAUGAAUUGUAAAGGUAGCUGGCUGGUGUCUGAAAACAAUAUGACAUGUUUUAUUUUCUAAAGUGCACUAUCUAAGUCUUUCACAUAGCCAUGCUAUAUAUCAUGCUUGAGGUCCCAAAAGGAAGAAUAUAGAGUAUGCAGUGAUAUAAAGAUUUACACUGAGCAGAGAUUACAUUACCAGUAGACUAAUUACACAAGCAGAAACAGUCAGCCUGUGGAGCUCCAUCUGUUUUUGAACCUUAAAGAACAUAUCACAGCAGGCAUUAUCUGAACAUGCAUCAUGGUAACAGUAGUUUUGUUUGAGGUUCAGUACCCUUGACAUUUUGUGUUUGAAAGUGGUAAUAAAUCAUUAAAAAAAAUAAUGUCCAAACUACCCUGACAUUUUAUCUUAAAGUAUGUUAUGAAGCCUUAUUUUCAUGAUUCAUAUCUUGAGCUGUGCUUUUUUUAUGAUUUCCAGCCUGGUUACCUGCACCAGCUCUCUUUGGGUUUGUGAUUGAUUCGGCAUGCAUCAAAUGGGACAUGUCAUGCCACGGGACACGUGGUGCAUGCAGAUAUUACAAUAAUGACUUUCUGCGGAACAGGUAUGUAGGGAUGGAACUGGUGAAGAUGCUGGUUGGACCAUUAAUUACCUCUCAAUUAUAUUGACAUAGACUAGACUGAGACAUCAUGAACACAGCAUGACAACUUGUGCAUUUGGACAUGUUAGUAGGACAUACUACCAGGUGUUCAAUCUGAUUAGACUAAAAAUAAUAAUAUUACUCAAACAUCUCACCAACCAUACUUACUUUGCAGGUACUUGGGUCUUCAGAUGGGCUUCAAACUCCUAGGAAUUUGCCUGUUGAGUAUCAUUGUCUGGAAGGUGAAAAAAAGCAAAGAAUACAACGUCCAAGAGAAGGAAUCUGGUGUAGCAUAAAACUGUUCACUAACCCAUGUGAGAGACUGAUGCACUUUUGUCCCUCCUUGAAACUUUGUAUUCCUCAGGGGACAGCCACUACAAGUCUUGCCAAGUCCCCUUAAAACAAUGCAAUGUACAGCUCUGCGGCUGUGCAGAGGUCAAUGGGACAAGUCCGGAAAUAUGUUUGUUGACCUUUCUGCCCCAAAGGAAAGGGAAAAAUGCAAACAACCUGGAGAGCAAUGUGCAAUUUCCAGACAUCUUUUUUUUUUUGUAAUAUAUAUAUAUAUAUAAGCAGCCAUACGUAAAUAUCACUAAAAUGCAACAGACAUUUAAAUUAUUCACCAUAUAUAAUAAAUAUCCAUUUCUUAUUGUUUCAUAGAAAUAUUUUUAAUGGAAAAUUUUUAAAAAGAGAGAGAGAGACUUUGAACAUUGGGCAUUAAAUUAAGUAGAAAGUUCCUGAAAUACCAACUUCGGGGAUGAGAAAUUCAAGCUCAAGAACCCCAGAACCCAGGAAGACAUGUCAUAAUAUGUUUUUGCUGGUUCCCAAUAAUUGUGAGUGCAUAAUUGGACUUUGUGGAUGGAUGAAUGAAUGUAAUGAUCUCCUGACUAUAGGACAAGCCAUAACUGCAACAAAUAUUGGUCAUUUGCUAAAUAAGGGUAUGUAUGAGUAAUAUAUAAAUUAUAUUUAAAUUGGUUAUUGACACCUCUAGGCCAAAAAAGUUCCCACCUGCCUAACACAAUGCUGCUACUUUUGUGACCUCCCUGUCUGGGAAAAGAAAAUUUGCUGUGUCCAUUUCUGAUACCUCUUUACCUUAUUGGGCAAUAAAAAUCUGGGAAGAAUUUGUGCUGCUGUGGCCUUUGAGAUACACAUAACAUUUUGUAGUAUUUCCGUUUAACUAUCCAGAGAUACUUUAUCUCUAUAAAUGAGCUAUUUUCUUUCAACAUCAUUGGGGAUCAGUUAUUGAGUAAUGGUAAUGUAAUGGUAUCAAAGUCUAGAAGUCCAAAUGGUGGACCUGGCACGGAAAGAAGUGACCUUUUUUAUUUUUACAGGAAGUCCACAACCAGUUCAUUUGGAACAUUUUCCAAGGAUAGAUAAUCUAUUUACCUAUUAAAUGAAAGAGAUGGUAUCUCUGGGACAAUGGAUAACACAAAUGGUGUGUUUUUAAAGAAAACAAGACUAACAAACAGAAAUAGGUCAUUGACACUGAGGUUUCUGAGCAAAAGUUCUGUUUGUAUAAUAGCAUAUAUCUGGGUCCAACAAACAUUUCUAAUGUACAGUUAUACUUAAAGCGUGAGGGAACAAUUAUUAGGGUGCUUAUUUUAAGUGAUAUUUUCUUCAUUGUAAAUAGUAACAGGGACUUAUUAUCUCUGAUACUUCAGUGAUCUGUUAUCAUAUACUGUAGCUUAAAAUGUUAAGUCGUAUACUACUAGCCAGGAUUUUAAUUAAGUAGCACUGUAAGCCUUUAGGGCACUCUCACUAUGAGUGACUUUCUACUGUACUCCAGGGCUGAACUUUCACCCAUCAAUGACUAGCAGCAAAUGGAAUUUUUAAAUUCGGCAUAUACUACAUCAUAAUAUAUUUUUGAUGCAGAACAUAAACUAAGCCGAGGAAGUAAAAGCCCUUCAACCUUCUUAAGGACCACCAACAUCUUGAUUCUUAGUAUUAUUGCCAGAGUCUACAACUAUGCAAAACAUCAUGCAUAACUCAAAAUAAAUGCUUAUCCGCUACAUCCCACCUAUCUACAAAGUUAGUAAGAGAUUGAAGUUAAGGGAUUUUAAGUAGUCUAUGCUCUUGGCCACUUAAUAGAAGCAUAGAGGACAGAGGGUUGUAAAAUCUGGGUGAAGGACAAGAACGUUUAGUAUAGCCUGCCUAAAUCCUUGUUUGAAAUUAAGUCCUGCAUAUAUAACUUAGUAGUGUAUGUUUGUGAUCUAUGAGAGAAAUCAAAUUGUGCAUGAGUGCCCAUGGCUGUUUCCAAAGCUCUCUAGCUUAGCAAUGGCUUAAAGUAGUCAUAUGUACAACCCCCCUCUUUUUAAUUAAAUUGAUGCAUCUUCUUUAUACCCUUGUUGCAGCUAUUUUAAUUUAAAAGCGCAGGGACACCAAACUAAAAACUACAAAAGCUUUGUCCUAUACACACUUCAUAAUUUUCAAGAUUACAAGAAUCUUAUAUUUGGAACCUGUAAAUUAAAAGGAUUCUGCUAGCAGAUUAGGACAAAGUAAUUGAUUUCAAGUACAUUUGAAAAGUCAAAUAUUUUACUUGAUGUACAGAGGCAGGAAAUAUCUUCAGCAUUAAGCAGUUUGCAACAACCUCCCAUGAUAUUGCAAAUUAUUAUGCUAAUUCUGACGGCAUAUUUGUGAUCCAAAACGAGAAAAGACAAUCAGUGGACAUAUCUCAGUUUUAUCAGAAUGCACAAAUAUUUUAAGGUUGAUGUUGAGACAAAAAGCUUAACCUAAAUAACAGAUAAUCCAAUGACACGAAUGCUAAAGUUUGCCUUCAUUAAUAUCUUUAUGACAAUAACAUGUCAGAUAUGUCACAAUAUAAAAAGAUUUACUGAGUCCCUGAUUCAUACAGGGAGUGGUAAGCCUGUACCGUAUGUAACAGACUGCAAAAAUCUAGUGUAAGACACAUACAACAUCACACUAAUUCAGAGAUUAUGCUUCUUUUGCACUGUGCUGCCCUCUACUGCUGGAAUAGAAUUAACUCGACUAGAAGCAUAUAAUCUAUUUUGUUUGCAAUAUUCUAUUAUACAGAGUAUUUUUUGUACUAUAUAUUAUUUGUAUUUAACCUGAAAGGCCAUUCUUUUAAAUAUUCACGUAUUGGAGUAGGUCGAAGAGCUACGUGUAUGCACAUGCAAAAUAAAAAAAAGAAAAUCAAACAGUAUAAUUUAUUACAUUUCACUGCUACAGUCACAUUAACCAACACAAGACGUUCUCCAACAAUUCACUGAAGAUAUGGACUAGAUAUUGGACAUGUAUAAAGUUGUAAGGGCCAUCAUUGAAAAUGGGCACUGGUAAUACAAUAUCGAGAGGUAUAGGAUAAGAAGUAGCAAAUAGAAUUAUAAAUGCUGGAACGGGCAUUCCUGGGGGUUAGGUGGGAGGACUGACAUUGUGUGAAUCCCUGAGGUUCCUGAAGAGCCCCGAGUCUAAUUGUAUCACCAUUUCAUUGUUAGACCCCUUUAAUUCUAAGGGAACAAUCUGCACCUCUAAUCACAGAAUUAGCGACAGAGCCAUUUAAUUGCACCAUCUUUGGAGUUAAUGACACAGCACAGCUUUGGGGAUAUUGCUGUGGGUGCAGGAUUUUAAUACAUAAGGUGAAAAGUUAUUACAGCACGUGUGGUGUUUAUAAAUAUAGAUUAAUGGAAUAGUCUAAAUUUAAAUGAAAUGAUGACCGAAUGUGUUUUAUAGAGCAGAUUAGAAUUUAAGGUUGUACAUAGGGUAUGGUACAGGAAUUGUUUAAGGUUACGGGGGAGCAUAAAAUCUACCCAUGAGGGGAAGCCCCUGGUCAUUUUGCUGUAUUAGUCCUAUGCCUUUCUAUAGUAUGUAUUCUUUGAACUCUACAAGUGUCCAGUGGACAGUCUCAGCAAUGCCUGCACAGUACCUAUAGUACAGUUACUUCUCAAUGCAAUGGAAACAGAAAUUAUAAAUGAUAAAAGUAUUGCAAAUCAAGCAAUGAUGGCUGACUGUGUUAUUUUGCUUGUUUGUUUCACUAGCACAGUAUUAUUCUAGCACUUCAAUUAAGCAUCAGCAAUGAUCUCUUUACAAGUACCUGGAGAUUUAUUAAAUACUACCCAAUACUAGAAAACUGUACCUUUAAUUUGGAAAUAAUAUCACAUUUAAAUAUAUUGUUGGUAGCACACAAACAUAUUUUUGAAGCUGAGGAUGUGGCUAUUAGAUACAAUUCUUCCAACUUUUAUGAUGUCAUCAGAUAGAGCCUCACAAAUUACCCAAUGUGUUACAUACUAAUGGCUUCACCUAAGACUUGCCUUAUGACCUAUUAAGAGCAUCACAGCUUACUUAACUCUGAUGGAUGAUAUCACAAACUACGUCAUCUGUGAAUGUAAAAUCUGAAAUACAUUACAUUGUGUAAUAUUCAAUGCAACUUUGUAUUGGGGCAAAUAGUGUCUUAUUUAUCAGGAAUCAUCAAUAUUUAAUAUAUGAAUUUUACUAUUUGGCGGGGGUGAAACAUUGCCUAAUUGGAUAAAUUACAUCAAUCCACCAAAAACAUUUAUAUAAACUAUGAAAAAAAUCAUAACAUUUUUCUACAAUUCUCAUAGGUUUGACAUUUACCUGCAACAGAAAAGUAUAUGUAAGAAGCUGCUAUGCCUUUCUGUCACUCACAUUCUCAUUAAACAAAACUAAGGACAAUAAUUUUGAUAUAAAAUAAACUGUGUCUCGUUUUCCCUCAAA